AUGGAGCACCACGACUUCGGCAUUGCCGCAACUUGGGUCGAAGAGGGGGAGGGGUCGGUGCUCGGGGAGGGGGUGGCGCAUCUCUAUGCAACUCCAACACACUGCUUAAAUAGCCGCGACGAGGACAAGGCGAAGCCGGUUAGUCGCUUCAAUGCGGCGCAGCGACAGGAGUUGGUUCCUCGGGAACUUGCGUCCGCAUUGAAGCGGCGACUGUCGAGAGGUCGCGUCGGUCGGCGCCGCCCUCCCUCCUUCCCUCCGGUCCUAUCGCAACAUCAAUGUUGGCCUCCACGUGCUCUGGGCCGGCAUGAAUGGGGCGCGACAAGUUCGAAGGCAUCGGCGGACAAAUACAAUGUCCAUUUACGGGUCAGGGUUAGAGAUGUGGGCCGCAAGAAGAAGAGGUACGUCGACCUCGGAUGCCUCCUCGUCAGCCGCAAGCUCUUCCUCUGGACGCUCGGCCUGCUCCUCGCCGCCGCCGCGCUCGCGGGGAUCGCCGUGGGGAUAGCCAAGGCCGUCCCCAGGCACCAGGCCCCGCCCACGCCGCCGGACCAGUUCACCCUCGCGCUGCGCAAGGCGCUCAUGUUCUUCAAUGCCCAGAAAUCCGGGAAGCUGCCGAAGCACAACAAUGUACCAUGGCGCGGCGACUCGUGCCUCAAGGACGGACGCUCGGACCAAACAUCCCGGCGAGACCUCUCUGGUGGCUACUAUGACGGCGGAAGCGCUGUGAAAUUCAACUUCGCAUCUGCCUUCUCCAUGACCCUCCUCAGCUGGAGCGUCAUCGAGUACAAUGCUAAGUACGAGGCUGCCGGGGAACUUGGCCAUGUCCGUGACACAAUUAAGUGGGGGGCCGACUACCUAUUGAAGACCUUCAACUCCACGGCACAUUCCAUUGAUCGCUUGGUUGCGCAGGUGGGUGGUGCUGCAAUGUCAGACGGUCCGAGUCAGCCCAAUGAUCAUUAUUGUUGGAUGAGGCCAGAGGACAUCGACUACCCACUUCCAGUCACCGAGUGCCACACUUGCCCUGAUCUUGGUGCUGAGAUGGCCGCAGCAUUGGCCGCAGCAUCCAUUGUGUUCAAGGAUAACAGGGCUUACUCCCACAAGCUGUUACACGGUGCUACCACCGUCUGGGACUUUGCAAGGAAGGGAGGUAGUCGUCAAACAUAUAGUGUACCCCGGUCAGAUGCUGCAAAGUUCUACAAUUCAACCGCUUAUUGGGAUGAAUAUAUUUGGGGCGGUUCGUGGAUGUACCUCGCAACUGGCAAUUCAUCAUACCUGCAGUUCGCAACGGAUACCAAGCUUGCAAAGAAUGCUCACAUUUACUCUCGUCCCCCCAACUAUGGGGUGUUCAGCUGGGAUAAUAAGCUCCCUGGUGCACAGGUUCUUCUGAGCCGGUUAAGGCUCUUCUUGAGUCCUGGGUAUCCGUAUGAAGAGAUGUUAAGGACAUACCACAAUCAAACCAGCAUCAUCAUGUGCUCUUACCUUCCAAAUUUUAGAUCUUUCAACAGAACAAAAGGUGGUUUGAUACAGUUGAAUCACGGGCAGCCACAACCACUCCAGUAUGUAGUCAAUGCUGCAUUCCUUGCUUCUCUGUUCAGUGACUAUCUUGAGGCUGCAGAUACCCCUGGGUGGUAUUGUGGCCCCCAUUUCUACUCCAUCGAGGUUCUUCGCAGUUUUGCAAGGACUCAGAUGGAGUACAUCUUGGGCAAAAAUCCUUUGAAGAUGAGCUAUGUGGUCGGGUACGGAAAGCAUUACCCCAAGCGUGUUCAUCACCGUGGUGCGUCGAUCCCGAAGAAGAAAGGUGUUCACCCUGGCUGCAAAGGGGGUUGGACAUGGAGGGACACCAAGAAGCCCAACCCUCACAUCAUUGUUGGAGCCAUGGUGGCCGGCCCUGAUCGCCAUGACGGCUUCAAAGACAUCCGGAAGAACCGCAACUACACAGAACCAACCCUAGCGGGCAACGCUGGUCUAGUCGCAGCAUUGGUAGCUUUAUCGGGUGAAGGACAUGGAGUGGACAAGAACACCAUGUUCUCUGCUGUGCCGCCAAUGUUCCCUUCGCCCCCGCCGCCUCCAGCACCAUGGAAGCCAUAA